UCUCUUCCCCAAGUCCACAUAUAACCACAUCAAUAUUAGUUAAUUAUAUUCAUUAUUAAUUAAUACACAGCCAUGAGGUCGCUACUCGUCCCCAAAACUCUCGCUCUCGCCCUCGCGAUCGCUGCUCUCGUUGCCGCCGUCUCUGCACGCCGCGAUCUCACACAAGUGGCGGCAGCGCCGCAGGCUGCGACGGCGCACCCCGAGAGCUUGGCAUUGGAAGCGCGGCUGCAGGGCGUGGGCGGGGGCCUGGUGGACUGCUGGAAUGCAUUGCUGGAGCUGCGGUCGUGCACCAACGAGAUAGUUCUCUUCUUCCUCAACGGCGAGUCGUACCUCGGCUACGACUGCUGCCGCGCCAUCCGCACCAUCACCCUCCACUGCUGGCCCUCCAUGCUCACCUCCCUCGGCUUCACCGCCCAGGAGGGCGACAUCCUACGAGGCUACUGCGACGCCGAGGCCGCCGCCGCCCCACCACCCUUCGCGCCGCUCCCCACAACCCCCUCCGGCGCGCCCGCCGCGGCCCCCGCGUUGCUCCGCGCUCCGGGGAACUGAGAAAAGCAGUGGGGAAUUAAGGGAUCGGUGUGUUGCUUUAGCUUCCACGUGCAUGGGCUGUUUUCAUGUGGUGUUAAUUCCACAUGCUU